AUGACGACGGUGGGUAGCGACAUCGAGGCCGGAAAAGCGCCGGUGGCGCUGGCGAUGGACUGGGGCGGGACGUGGGCCCGCGCCGCGGUUAUCGACCGGCAGGGAACCAUUCUGUGGCAGGACCGGGUUGCCAAUGAGCCGGGCGCGAUGCAGGACCAGCUGGUGCAUGCCGCCGGCGGGUUGUUGCAGACGGCGAGAGAUUGGGCCGGCGACCGUCCCGUUGCCGGCGCGGGAAUCGCGCUGGCGGGCUCCAUUGACGCGGCGAGCAACAUGCUGCUGUCCUCGCCCAACCUGCCGGCUCUGAACGGGGUCAGGCUGCCCGCCCUUUGGGAGCCGAUACUGGGAGCGCCCAGUCUGGGCAUCGUCGACCGGGGAGCAGUGUUCACCGGCGCGGUGGGAGCGGCCGGCGAAGUUGGACACAUGACCAUCGACCUGCGGGCUGACGCCCCGCAGUGCGCCUGCGGCAACAGCGGCUGCUUGGAGGCGCUGGCCUCCGGCACCGCUAUCGCCCGUGCGGCCAUGGCCCGCUCGGGAGAUGCCACUCCCGGGUCGCCGCUGCAGCAGGCUUACGAGGCCAAUGCGGCGCUCACCGGCGAGGCAGUGUUCACCGCCGCCGCGCGCGGCGACUAUGUGGCUCUGGAAGUUAUAGAUGCGGCGGUCGGGGCGAUCAUCGUCGGGCUGGGCAAUGUGCUCAACAUCUUCAAUCCCGACGUGGUGGUGAUGGGCGGCGGCGUGACCAUCGGCCUGCAGGAGCUGGAUCUGCUGGGCCAGAUCGAGGAUGGCGCGAGGCGGCGAGCGAUGAGCUCCGGUCACCGGGCUUUCCGGCUGGCGCCGGCCACCUUCGGAGACAGCCAGGGAAUGGUGGGUGCGGCCAGCCUGGUGUGGGCGGAGACGGGAAGGGGCUAG